UGAACUCUUGUGUCUAGAAGUGACUAAUCAGUGUGCUAAUUCAUACAACCACACAGAUUAUAGUUGAUUAUAGGUUGAAGAACACUCGAUAACCUUGUCAAAGUUCAGAGCAAUGGCACCUAUAUUCUCUCCCCAUGGUCCAGAGAGGGCAAUCACCCUUACUUAGACUUCUGGCUUUAGCCAUCACCUUCCUUGAGAAUUUCCAGACUGCACAUCUUCUGUCUAAACUUGUACAUUCCUCAAAGUCAGAAUGUGUAAGUAAGCCUGCCUUUUUUUCUUUUCAGAGAUGGCAGACUGUUACAGUAAUCUGUGGCAAGCCCAUGCCCAUUUAUUCUGAAAGUACAAGUACUACAGAGAAAACAAUAAAAGAACCUGAACAUGUGCAAAUGAGCUUACUGGAGAUCACCCUGGCUCCAAGAAGAGCUUGGGAUUCAGAAAACAGGAGGAUCUAUUUUCAUAACAAUGGCAACAAAAUCAUCGCUCCUUAAAGUAAUACUCCUAGGUGAUGGUGGAGUCGGGAAAAGUUCACUUAUGAACAGAUAUGUCACUAACAAGUUUGAUACGCAGUUGUUCCACACGAUAGGCGUGGAGUUCUUAAAUAAAGAUUUGGAAGUGGAUGGACACUUUGUCACAAUGCAGAUAUGGGACACUGCAGGUCAAGAACGGUUUAGGAGCUUACGGACUCCUUUCUAUAGAGGUUCUGACUGUUGCCUUCUAACAUUCAGUGUAGAUGACUCUCAAAGCUUCCAAAACUUGGGUAACUGGAAAAAAGAAUUCAUUUACUAUGCAGAUGUCAAAGAGCCUGAAAGUUUUCCUUUUGUGAUAUUGGGUAACAAAGUUGACAUAAAUGAAAGGCAAGUGUCUACAGAAGAAGCCCAGACCUGGUGCAGGAACAACGGCAACCAUCCCUAUUUUGAAACUAGUGCAAAAGAUGCCACUAAUGUUGCAGCAGCCUUUGAGGAAGCUGUUCGACGAGUUCUUGCUACUGAAGAUAGAUCAGAUCACUUAAUUCAGACAGAUGCAGUACAUCUUCACCGGAAGCCCAAACCCAGUUCAUCUUGCUGUUGACUUAGAGUAUUUUUGCUACUAAAGUUCUGACAAACUUAUUCUAAAAAUAAGAAAAGGAGUAAUAGCUCAAAUAUAAGUUGGUUCCACUCUAAUGUUAAAAUGUAAUAUUCUGCUGCUUUACUGGGGGGGCAAAGGGGCGCUUCCAUUCAGUGAGUGACUUGAAUUAGUGGCAUCUUCUCUUUAGAAAGGUGUCAGCUAAACAUGUUCAAUAUAAAUACAUAAUUUGUAAAGUUAACAAAUCCAACGAUAAACACUUUAAAUGUAAAUCAGAGAAACUUGAAAGUUCUAGAAGCACUACUUUUGGGUUUUUUUCUCUAAUUCAAAUGCAAGGAACAACUUUUAUAUGUAUGUGUAUAUUUUUAUGAAAUUAGCAUUCCAUUUUUGUUUCACUAAAACCCAUUUCAUAACAUGCUAAAUAUUAAAGAACUUCAGUCUCAUUACAUUCCUUUGGUUCUGAGUGGUA